GGCAGGGCGAUGACGUGGCUCCAGCACUUGGACAGGACAACGGGCGAGUGCUUGCUGGCCGCGGCGAAGCAGAGGUCAGCCAUUACAGAUUGGCAUCGGAAGUUUGCGAACAAGCUUCGGGUCAGCUGCUUGGGCGGCGCUGGAGCGCACGAUCGAUAUGAACGUGAGUACUUGAGAGAAUUGAGGUCCCAGGCUGAUGGAUGGCAUCGCCUCCCCGUCGGCUGCGAGAUCCACCUGGUGGCAGGUUGCCAUGGGAAGACGUUUGCCCCCGUGAACCCAAUGAUAAUGGGCCAGAUCCACUGGGCGUUGGCGAUCAACGAGGGCACCUCGUUCAAUCGGUUCCAGAGGAUUGCGAAGAACAUCGUGAAGGAGAGGAUUGUGUUCAGGCAGGGUUGGGGCCCACUAAACCUCAAGAAGCCGCUGAGAGACAUCGUCGCCAUCUACUUUGGCUGGCUCUGCGCGGCGCGCGGGAGUCGGCUAUUGGCGAAGCGCCUCGCCCUCAGCUUCUUGCCGAACGGCGAUUGGCGCAAGACGGAUUGCGUGGAGGUGUGCAUCCCUGUGGGCGCCGCGUAUGAUGACGCG